AUGUGCUUAGUUGUUGCAGCAGUUUUAUCGUGUUACUCGUUGUUGCUGAUCUGGAUGAAUUUAUUUGUUUGGAACUUUUUGGAUAUGUUUAUUAUGGUCAUUAGUAUUGGAUUGUCCACACACUUCAAACUCUUCAAUUGUGAAUUGAAGCAGGCAACAGCCGAGCAAAAUAUGUCUCAAGAAUAUUGGGCGUAUAGACGAGAGCAAUACAGGCGGUUAUGUGAUUUGGUCUAUACAUUCGAUGAAAAAAUAAGCCAUUUUGUCUUGCUUUGUUAUUCGAACCAUCUAUUCUUCAUCUGCAAGCAACUAUUUUCAAGCUUAAGGCCACAACCAACGUACUAUCGCUUGAUAUACUUCUGGUACUCUUUCAUUUUCCUCGUGAUUCGUGCGUUUUUUGUGUCAUUUACUGCAGCUGGCAUCAACGAUGAGUCCACAAAACCCAUUGAAAUUUUACGAUCGGUGUCAUCUUCUUCGUGGAACACUGAAACGAAACGGUUUUUUGACGAAGUGACGAAUGAAACGAUUGCCUUGUCUGGAAUGAGAUUUUUUUUCAUAACUCGAAAAAUGAUUUUGAGCCUGGCAGGAACUAUCGUGACAUAUGAGAUUAUUAUGAUGCAAUUCCAUUCCCGUUACCCUCACGUAGCAGAUUGCCAAGCUUAA